CCGGCCCGAGCGCGCUCCGCCGCUGACCGCCCGCGCCCGCCCGCGCCCCGGCCGGGAAGGCAGAAGACUGCUGGCCACACUCGCAUGUGAGUUCCGACCCUCGGAAGAACUGCUGAGGAAACACAGCCAUCGUCAUGGAGUUUGUGAUGAAGCAGGCCCUGGGAGGGGCCACCAAAGACAUGGGGAAGAUGCUCGGGGGUGACGAGGAGAAGGACCCUGAUGCUGCCAAGAAGGAAGAGGAGCGCCAGGAGGCGCUGCGGCAGGAGGAGGAGGAGCGCAAGGCCAAGUAUGCCAAGAUGGAGGCGGAGCGCGAGGCCAUGCGGCAGGGCAUCCGAGACAAGUACGGCAUCAAGAAGAAGGAGGAGCGCGAGGCGGAAGCCCAGGCUGCCAUGGAAGCCAACUCGGAAGGCAGCCUGACGCGGCCCAAGAAGGCCAUCCCGCCGGGCUGCGGGGACGAGCCAGAGGAGGAGGACGAGAGCAUCCUGGACACGGUCAUCAAGUACCUGCCCGGGCCGCUGCAGGACAUGUUCAAGAAGUAACGCCCCCGGCGGUGGACGGCGGCCCGCCGAGCCGGAGCCCCCACCCCCGACCGUCCCCUUCGCCCACCCCCGCACAUGCCCUCCGCGGAGGCCCCCGAAGGGAUGUCGGGAGCAGAGUGCAGCCCCCCCAACGCCAAUAUAAGCCAUAGUCCUAGGUGUGUCCGCCCCACGCCCCUCACGCCUCGGGAGCCUCCGCUCACCUCUCCUCCCCACCCCCUGCACUGCCAUCGCCAUCGCCACCGGGGAAGGGGCGUCCGACCUCCCCACCAACAGGGCCCCUGCGGUCUGUGCUGGAGGCCCCGGGGACUGGUCCACGUGCUCCUCUGGCCGCGGGUGAGUUGGGCCCUCCCCCCGAGCCAUCCUGGGACGCCCCUUGCUCCCACCCUUCGCCGCUCACCCAGCAGCGCCGGAGGCCGGGGCCACGGAAAGGGCCAGCCCCUCGACCACCCUCGGUGCGCCGUCCCUGCGUUGGUGGGCGUUUGUCCGGGCCCAAACUCAGGAGCACAGCCAUACUGGGGGGAGGCGCUCGUGCAGGCAGUCAUGGGGGCUGAGAGGGGCAAGCAGCUGGUGCCUGGGUCCCCCUGGGGCAGGGGCGGGAAGCCCUCCGGCUUGGGAUCAGCCUGGCCCCCCACCACCUCCUCCCCCACCGACACCUGAGUUGCUAGAUCUCUGCAUUUUCCUGUCCGCGGGUUGCCCACCUCUCUCCAUCUGCUCCUCUCAUAUUCUUCGUCCGUCUGACUGUCUUUUCCUCUCCCUUCUUGGCCCACUCCCCUGGAGGGCUUUGCUUCUUGGGAAUGCCCCGGCCCCGAUCUCUUCCAACCCAAGAGAAAUAAAGCAAUAGGCUUAGGAGGAAA